AUGGCGCAGCUCAUCACUACAUAUCGAUCGCCACGUCUUACUCUCAAGGGCAAGUCACUCCUCCACAUGGUCAAGGCCAUUGGCAAGCCAGGCAGCAACAUCACCCCAGAUAUAGUGUGCCAACUCAUCGACAACUGCGACCUACCAGAGCCAGAUAAGCUCGACAGGACGUUUGAGUUGGCCACAGAGACCUCCCUGGGCUUGAUGCAGAGAAUCCACACUCAUUUCAAUCUUCCCUACAUGGACUGGAGUCUGACCAAGGCGGUACAGAGUGGACACGUGGACAUUGCCCUCCAUCUGGCCAGCCAACAAACUGAUGAAGCGGUUGCUACUAAAGCAGCACUCAAACUGAUCGCUUGGCAUCCAAUCACAAUGGACAACCUGACAUUGAUACUGGACACACUCCCAUUCGUCAAGAGCAACCCAGAGAUAUGUGCAUGGGCAGUGUGCAACCCAUCGUUUGAGGUGUUCAAACACAUUAUCUCAUUGUUCACCAACGAGCAGUUGGAGGGGACCGAUCAUCUUCAGGACAUAUUCUAUCAAGCAUUGAUUGAGAACAACUCUAGGUACCUGGAAUACAUCCAACAACGCUUUGCCAAUACAGAGGUGGAGGUGCCUGAGCUUGAUGCCCAAUCACUGAUGAACCAUAUCAACAAUAAUCAUUACCUCUUUAUUGAGAAGCAUCUCGACUCACCUUCGUUCACUGACUUGCCGACAGUAAAUCAAUUGCGAACACUUCAUGCAAUGAUUGACUAUGCCUAUCAGAUGGUUACCACUCGCAUCAUCAAACUCUGCAAAGACCGCAUCAACAAACUUGAUGGAACCUAUGUAAGGCAACAAGAUGAUCACGAUCAGGAGAUGGACAUUGAUCAACCCAAGGCCUCACUCAAGUUGGAAUCAACACUUCACAUGGUGAUGAGAGAUGAGAAGCUCGGCAAGAUGAUCAUGUCACAGAUUGGAUCGAUUCAUAACAAACAUGGCAUUGAUCGUAAGCAGGUGAUCACUGGCAAGCAGUUGCUUUACAAUCACAACCUGCGUGAGUACAUCAAAUAUGGCGCAACGGAAUGGUUCCUUCAAUCAUACAAUGAUAAUGGCAACAAGCUACGUCUCAACAAGACUUUACUUCUUGAAGCCUUUGCCAGAUGUGAUACACGUGCUAUGAACGUGCUUCUGGCCAAUCCCCUCAUGUGUCUAAACGGCAGUUUCGACAAGCACUUUGUGACCAACGUGUCGUCCUGCUCGCAUCCACAUUGGGAGAGUGUGUUGGAGAGGUAUGUCCUGACUCUCGACUCUCUUCAACCAGCUGGCAUCACCAUCAGCGGCAACGUGCUGGCACAUGUCCGCCACCCAUCAUUCCUCCGCAAGCUCAUUGAGAUGGACAUCCAACUCAGCCUUGUGGAUGACGACGGCGAUCGAAACAAAUCGAGAUGGGGCGAUAAGACAUUGAAGAGUAGUUUCACAGAGAUCAUGGUCGAUGCAUCGCUCAAGCAAUCAUGGGCGGUCGAGAUGCUACAACUGAUGCUCAAGAACAAGCUCCUCACGACCAGGACUGGCAAAGUACUCCUUCUCAAGGCCAUCGAGCUCAACAUAACACCAGUCGUUGAGAUCCUGGUCAGCCAAUCACCUGGCGAUGGCGAUGAUGGCAAUGAGGGCGAUAAUGGUGAUAGUGAGGAUGCUGCAGAUCAACAUAGCAGAUACUAUAUCAAGUCACUCAUUAAGUUAUGUUGCCAGCAUGGCAACGUCGAAUCGUUAAACUUGGUAAUGGCACAUGUCCCUUCGCCACAUCUCGAUGAGGCCAUGAGGUCAUUGACGUAUCAUUGUAGUGAAGCAGUGUCCAAGGACAUUUCAACAUUCUGCUUCGUGCACAAGAGUUGCUGGGCGACACAUUCAAACCUUGGGGGUAUAUUGAGGAUGCAUUGA